ACUAUUUGCUAAUGAUACAUAUUUAUUACAGCUAAAAGAUGGUGGCAAGGCAUCCCAGGCGAAUGUAAGAAUAGGUGAUGUGGUUCUCAGCAUCGAUGGAAUAAGUGCAAAUGGAAUGACUCAUCUUGAAGCCCAGAACAAGAUUAAGGGUUGUACAGGCUCUUUGAAUAUGACUCUGCAAAGAGCAUCUGCUACACCCAAGCCUGAGCCAGUUUCUGUUCAAAAGGGAGAACCUAAAGAAGUAGUUAAACCUGUGCCCAUUACAUCUCCUGCUGUGUCCAAAGUCACUUCCACAACCAACAUGGCCUACAAUAAGGCACCACGGCCUUUUGGUUCUGUGUCUUCACCAAAAGUCACAUCCAUCCCGUCACCAUCGUCCGCCUUCACCCCAGCCCAUGCGACCACUUCAUCACAUGCUUCCCUUUCACCUGUGGCUGCCGUCACUCCUCCCCCAUUCGCUGCAUCCGGACUGCAUGCUAAUGCCAACCCUAGUGCUGACCAGUGUUCACCUGCACUGAGCGCUGGUAAAACUGCAGUUAAUGUCCCACGGCAGCCCACAGUCACCAACGUGUGUUCCGAGACUGCUCAGGAGCUAGCGGAGGGACAGAGAAGAGGAUCCCAGGGUGACAGUAAACAGCAAAAUGGUCCACCAAGAAAACAUAUUGUGGAGCGCAAUACAGAGUUUUACCACAUACCCACUCACAGUGAUGCCAGCAAGAAGAGGCUGAUGGAGGACACUGAAGACUGGCGUCCGCGGACCGGGACAACUCAGUCCCGCUCUUUCCGAAUCCUUGCCCAGAUCACUGGGACUGAACAUCUGAAAGAAUCUGAAACUGAUAAUACGAAGAAAGCAAAUAGUGCUCAGGAGGCUUCUCCACAGUUCGCUUCCUCAGUGGCUUCCUCACGGAGCAUGCCGGAAAGUGCAGAAGCCCCGGCCUCAGGCAGACCAGGGGUGGCCAGCCUCACAACCGCUGCCGCUUUCAAGCCUCUAGGAUCCACCAGCGUUAUCAAGUCACCGAGCUGGCAACGGCCAAACCAAGCAGCACCAUCCACUGGAAGAAUUUCAAAUAGUGCUGUUUCCUCAGGAGCAGUGGCACCAACCAACUCAGCUCCGGGACAGACCCAGCCCAGUGACCAGGACACGUUAGUGCAGAGAGCUGAGCACAUCCCAGCGGGGAAGCGGACUCCCAUGUGCGCCCAUUGUAAUCAGGUCAUCAGGGGACCAUUCUUAGUGGCACUGGGGAAAUCUUGGCACCCAGAAGAAUUUAACUGUGCUCACUGCAAAAAUACAAUGGCCUACAUUGGAUUUGUAGAAGAGAAGGGAGCCCUGUAUUGUGAGCUGUGCUAUGAGAAAUUCUUUGCUCCUGAGUGUGGUCGAUGCCAAAGGAAGAUCCUUGGAGAAGUCAUCAAUGCUCUGAAACAAACUUGGCACGUUUCCUGUUUUGUGUGUGUGGCCUGUGGGAAACCCAUUCGUAAUAAUGUUUUCCACUUGGAGGAUGGUGAGCCCUACUGUGAGACCGAUUAUUAUGCCCUCUUUGGUACUAUAUGCCAUGGAUGCGAAUUUCCCAUAGAAGCUGGAGACAUGUUUCUGGAAGCUCUGGGCUACACCUGGCAUGACACUUGCUUUGUAUGCUCAGUGUGUUGUGAAAGUUUGGAAGGUCAGACCUUUUUCUCCAAGAAGGACAAGCCACUUUGUAAGAAACAUGCUCAUUCUGUGAAUUUCUGAAAGUCAGCACUUCAGGAGAAGAGAAGAAAUUUGAAGAGAAAAAGGAGAAUUAAAAUUACCAAUUAAUUUUUAGAUUUAAUAUUUAUAUGGAGUUUUGAAAAAUAAUAGUGGCCCUGAAGGAAUAAAUUCCAGCUUUAAAAACUAAGUUCUAUGAGGAAAUAUUUGGCUUCAUAAAGUAAAGAGACGGUUUGGCAUUUGUUAUUACUUUUUCCUGUAUUUUAUACCCAUAAAAUAACUUUUAUAAAAA